AGUGGUGAAGUUUUGCACCUCAGUUUGAGGAUAUGAAACCUGAUUAACAUUUCACGAAACACAUCUUUACAAAUCCCACUAGUAGCUUUCUCUUUGCCACAAACCGACUGGUGGGGGCUACAGGUGGCAGGUGGGCUCUGACAAAUAUAAGCUGCGUUCUUAGUUCCCUGCACAGACUCCAGGAGGGUAGACGUUCAUCUAGGACUGUGAAAGUAACAGAAGAUGGCCUUCUUUAAGAUUGCUUUGCUUCUCUUCGUUGGUCUCGGGGGCUGUGGUGAGAUUUUGUUUUAUUAUGAUCAAUAAAAAAGUGAAUGAUAGAAAAUAAAUACGCAGUUAUAUUUGUUUGGUAACACUUUACAAUAACCAUAACUUAGAAAUGGUAAAUAGACAAUUUCAAAAUGGUAAGCAGAUAGUUUAUUAAUGUUUAAUCAUCAUACGUAAAUAGCAUAUAGACCAUUAAUAAAUUGUAAAUUUUACAACUUUAAAAACCUAACCCUGACCCAUUUACAAAGGGCUGCUGACAAACAUUUGAAUCUAGAUGAUUUACAACCAAUAUUCAAACCUUAUAUAAACCUUUAAUAAAUACUUCAUUAAUAAUUCAUGAAAAUAUUAAUCAUAAUUUAAUUGUUUGUUGAUGGUAAAUUAACUAUUAACUUAAAGAAACUAUCUAUUUGCUAUUUAUAAUUGGUCUAUAUGCUGUUUUUAAAUGAUGAUCAAACAUUAAUGGUCAUUGUAAAGUGUUACCAUUUGUUUUUAUUAACAUAGAAUAUUUUCCUCUGCAGCUCUGACUUCAGCUUUAAAUGACCUGGAUGAUUUGCACAAUGUUCCCGAUGCCCAGGUAAGUGAUGAUAUAAAAUUUAAUUUGAUUUUUACAAACUUGCUUGGACAUAAUUUAACAAACAACGAAUAUUCGAACAAGAAAAAACAAGAAAAUGUCAUGUUACUGAGAAAUCUGUGGAUCAUCAUCAUCAUAUACUGUGAAAUACUUCUGUAACCACUUAAACGGACAUAUCAUUGUUAAUAUGUUAAUACAUUUUCAUUUUAAGAAAUUAUGGGAUGUUGAUUCUGCCGUAUCAGUUGCGUCAGUAAAAAGUAGACUGAGUUCAGGUGUUGAUUUGAAUCCCUUAAGUAAAUGUAAAUAAGUAAAACAUUCAUCUUUUUUUUUUUUUAACAUGCACCCUGUAACUGCAAAGCUGUACACCAACAAAUUGGAAGUAGCGAGACAAAUGAUCAGAAAUAGAGUUGAUUUCUUUCAGAGUAAAAUCAGAUUUGCAUUUUAUCAAAGAGGAAGUAUAUUUUUUUACUUUUUCCUUACAUUUUCAAAUCAAGCAAAGAUAUUUUAUUUUCAGUCUUCAAUCAAGCAUAACUGACUCUGCAACACAUUACUUUGCACAAAUUAUGAAAAGAUUGUGUUUAUUUUUUCAUAUGUGUCAAACUUUAUAGAACGGGGACAUCUGCAAGGACUGUACCCAAAUAUUUGAACUCCUAGCUGACCUCUUUUCCAACGCAGAUCUCCAGGUGAGUACAAUAGUCGAACAAGAAGCAAACACAUUCUUUCAGUCUGGUAUGUACUCACGGAUGUUAUUUCUGAUACUGUGGAUGACCUUAUCUUAAGUCAAGAUUCAAACACCCACUGUGGUAUCUGAAUCCUUCCCAGGACUUAUGGUGGAAAACUUUUUGAUAAAAAAUAAAGAAACUCUUAAUACUCCUGGACUUACCCACUUGUAUCUUUAUCUGUUAAAACACAUUCCUCAAAUUCAGAGAUGCAAAUGUUUUUUUGAUUGCUCAUGCACACAUGAAAAAAACAUAUAUAAAAGGAACUGUUACUUUCUGUUCUUCGCCACUGAGGCACUUCCUGUUUUGAAUGUCUAAGAAAGUCAAAACAAAACUUCUCUGUUAGUUUUAGUAUCUAACCUGACCUCAAAGAUCCUCUUUCAUCAGAGGUUGACCUGGUCUGCACUGCUGGGUCCCUCACCUGACCUCAGCUUUUAUUUUAGAGAAAACACUGAGUUUAGGUUGGAUGAUAGGACAACAUAGCCCUACCGAAGCAAAAAUUCUUAUUUCAGUUUAUGUAUUCAGAAAUCCCAAAUGCCAGUCAAUCAUCAAACUCUCUCACCACCUGAGAGCAUUAUCUAGAGCCGUGGUUCUCAGGUCUAGUCCUCGAGGCCCACUGUCCUGCAUGUUUCGGAUGUUUCCCUGCUCCAACACACCUGAUUCAAAUGAUCAGCUCGUUAUCAAGCUCUGUAAUGGCUUAAUAACGAGCUGAUUAUUUGAAUCAGGUGUGUUGGAGCAGGGAAACAUCCAAAGCAUGCAGGACAGUGGGCCUCGAGGGCUGGACUUGAGAACCACUGAUCUAGAGCUUCCCAAAUACCAUAAUACUUUAAUUUAAAGCGUACAACAGUGCUGUUUGACAAUGUUAAAGAUGCUAUCAGGCUUGUGAACGAUAAAUGAGGAUUUAUGUAUCUACUACAUGUGGAUACAAACACAAAAGGAGAAAAUGACUCGCAGAGGAACUUGUGGUUUUAUAUUGGAUUUAAUGCCAGCGCAAAUUAUUUUACUGUUUUCAUGUAUGGUCCAAUAGCUUAACCCUCACAUACUGUUCGGGUCAAAUUUGACCCGUUUUGACUUUUAACAGCAGUAAAAAUACCCUAAACAUCAUUUUUUAAGCCUGAAACUUGACGACUUUUCCUGAAAUAACCCAAAAUACAUGAAAUUAAUUUUAAAAUAUUCAUAUGUAUUUUUGUUUAUGUGCUACAAAUUUUUCCCCUCUAAGACUGUUGCGGGUCAAAUUUGACCCUUAUCUAUAUUUAGAUGGAUUUUAGAUCUAACAGUGUGGGACAAGUGACAAACAGUAACAACCGUGUUAAAUUUAAGGUUUGUUGUUCAAAAAGAUAUAUUCAAAUCAUUAUGAAACUAUCAUUACCUUGACAGAAACACACACACACACACACACACACACACACACACACACACACACACACACACACACACACACACACACACACAGACAUAGAGUCACACAGACACACCUAGACAGAGGUCAAAAUGACCUAACUAGUCAAGAGAACUUUCUGUGACAGAAAGCUGCUCUUUGAACUCUUUGAAGGGGCAAUUUUGACCCGGAACAUACUGUGAGGGUACAGGAUUUGAACAGUAUGUGAGGGUUAAACAACUGCGCAUGUUAUCAGUAACAGCCUCUAAACUCUUUGCUUUAAAUACAGAGACCCAGGUCUUGAUUUUGCAGGCGUUCAGAUUUGUAUAGUGGUCAAUCACUGCAACAACUCAGGACCGUGUUUACUGUCAGCUGAUACGGCGCUUUAUUUCAGAAAAAGAUCAUGGCUCUCAUUGACACCAUGUGCGAUCACCUGCCUGGGCCGCCUGGUACUGCCAAACUCUGCAAAGAUGAGGUGCAGAAGGUCCUCCCUGUGGCUCUCAACUUCAUUACUGCUGUUGUUGUAAGUCGAGGGCUGAAUUAGUCCCCCACCUCUAUUUGAUGUUUUUCAGAGUAUUUAUUGAUACGACAAAGCUGUUCUCUGCUCAAAUCAUUUCCUAUUUUUCACGUAGAAACCAGCAGAUGUCUGCAAAACCCUUGGGCUCUGCGGUUCUAGUGACAUGCAGAAGAUACUCCAUGGUAUUGUCAAGGAGGCCCUUCAGGCUGCUGAGGAAAAUGUAAAACUCAACUUAAAGGAAGUUUUGGGGAAAAAAAAUACAGUAACUAUAAAAGCCUGACUUUUAUUUAUUUGUGCUGCCAGGCAACACCCUCGAAACAGUGCUCCUUCUGCAUUUUUCUCAUCAAGACUUUGGAGGAAAUGCUGCCUAAAAAGAGGACUGAGGUAAGCAGACAAAUGAUACCUCUUAGUAACAGACACCCAUACAAACAAUGCACAGUAGUCCACGAAACAAAGUGUUGCACGCCCCUCUGCUCCUCCUGCAGGACGCUGUGAUCAAACUGCUGGAGGAGAUUUGUCAGAUUUUGCCGAGCAUCUACCGGGAUCAGUGUGUGACAGUUGUCAGCAAGUUCACCAAGACGGUGCUGGAUGCCAUCUUGAGCUACGCGACCCCUCAGGCGAUCUGUGCUCUCAUCCGCCUGUGUGAUGGCCAGGAGGCUCCCUUUGUGGGUCAGUCCGUCUAUGUCUGCAUAUUGCUUGUUCAUUACUUGUAGUAGUUCCCUUUAUCGCUGAAGGGAAAACACAGGCGUACCAUUUAUCAAUAAAGGUAGCUCAGUCCCAUUCAGCUAUUACAGGAACAGAGCAAAUGAAAGAGCCGGAAAGGCAUUCAGGCUUCAUGUACAGAAGUUUAUUUACUUUAAAUUUUCAGUUACGGUAAAAAGCCAGUGUUGACUUGAUAGAUGAUAAAUCUGUCUGAUUUUAAAUUGUCCUUAUUUCCCUCUCUAGAUCCAUGCACCUUGACAGAGCACAGGUGCCAAGACUUCAAGACUGCCCUCCAAUGUGGUGUAAGAAAGCUACACUGAACUUUCAACUUGUUUAAGAUACAAAUGAUCAAUAGCGACAGUAUCUGAGUGCCUGUACUCUCAUUUCAGACGGUGUUUUACUGCCAAAAAUUUGCCUGGAAGCUUCGUGACUCCAACAUGAUUUAAAAUGCUACGGUAGGGAACAUUAUGUGAAUUUUUUCAAUCAUUUGAACCAGUGUUAUUUGAAGUGUGUGAUAAAAAUCUCUCUUCUAGGGUGGAAUGAUAAAUCCGAGUCAACAUGGGUGACUCAGAUCCUUCGGCGCCAAACUGCGUAUAUCUAACCCCUUUACAGCUAUGUUUUUCAGUAGAUAUGAUUCCUCUCAGAUGCUGAUAAAAGUUUUUUACUUUUGUAAUUUGAUCUUAUGCACACUGUGAGAAAUCUGGGCUUAUUGUGGACGAAAAGAUUAUUCAGACAUCAGAAAUGAAAGGAAUGUUGGAACUCGACUGCAGAAUCAGGAACUUUAAUGAUUAGUGUGACAGAAAGAAAUGCUUUGUAACUUUUUUUACACGUGAUGAGAUUUUCCUUUGGGUUUAUUGUAUGAAUUACUCACUCUCUUUAUGUAAACAUUUAAAAUUUCAUGGCUACACCUGCUUUAUGAAGAUGCUUUUUAAUUUUUUAUUCAGUCAGAAUUUACUAAAUAAAAUAUUUUAAAGACUGUG